AAGAAAUCAGCAAGGAUUCAAAGUUUUUGUGUGUUUUGCGCUGUUCGUCGAACUCAACGUCCUGUUGUGAGAUGUUUGGCUUUCAUAAAUCCAAGAUUUACCGCAGUCAUGAGGGCUGCUGCAUAUGCAAGACGAAGUCCUCCAGUUCACGGUUCACUGACAGCAGCAGAUACGAAGAAAACUUCAGACUGUGUUUUGGGUUGGUGGAAGAUCGGGUAGGAGACAUCUGCAAUGCUUGUGUCCUGUUAGUGAAGAGAUGGAAGAAGCUGCCACUUGGAUCUAAGAAGAACUGGAGCCAUGUUGUGGAUGCGAGGGCAGGCCCAGGCUUCAAGCUGACAAAACCCAAGAAGAUAAAGAGCAGCGAUGGGAAGAAGAAAAGCAAACUCAAGAGGCUUCACAAAUUCAAGAGGCAAAACUCAGAUGCCCACAGUACCACUUCCAGCACAUCUCCCUCCCAGUCUCCCAGCUACAGCAACCAAUCAGAUGACGGUUCAGACAUUGAGUCCAAGCAAAGGCGUUCCGCACCAUCCUCCAUGUUCUCUUUCCUGGACCUCUCCUACUGGAAGAGGCAAAAGGUUUGCUGUGGAAUCGUCUACAAAGGGCGCUUUGGCGAAGUGAUGAUCGACCCACGCCUCUUCAAACCCUGCUGCAGCUCCAAGAAGCAGACGACGACGCUGGAGCCCACUGCCGAGGCGCGCCUCCCCGAAACGCAGCCACCUGCGCUUCCCGAGAGCGUGAAGGAGAGCUGGUGACCGCCUGCAAGUCCUUACCCCAAGGGCUGCUUGGCACCUCGUAGCUUUGUCUCCAGUGGCAGACUCCCCCCAUUCUCCUCUACUCAGUUAGUUUACUGUAUAUGAAUUUGAUCGGUAAAUAGUGUCCCCUCUUUUUU